UUCAAUCCCAGUCCUGAGCUCUCUGCAAGCUCUUGCUGGGAUACCUAACUCCCUGUCCUGUGCAAAGGUCUGUGAUUGGGGAUGUGGUGUGCUCAGCAGGCAGGGCCCCUCCCCUGGGCUGGAUCCGCCUCUCCUAUCCCCCAGAUAAAUUACUAGUGUCCUCACUAAAUUCCUCAGCUUUCUCUCUCUCCCGCUCACACACACUCACUCACUCCUUCCCUCAAACACAGGCAGAGCAGGGUUGGGGGGCGGGACGGUGGGGGUCCUCUCUGGACCUGUAUCACAUCUUAGUGCUGGAGGGGGGAGAGAAGGGGAGGAAAGUGCUGUGCCCCUUCUCUCCUCCACUGCCACCACGUAGGUCUGGGGAGCUCCCCUUCCUCCCCUCCGCCCCCUUUCCCGCCAGCCCUUUGGCAUCUUCCAGACCAUGUCCACUGGGUCCCUCAGUGAUGUGGAAGAUCUGCAAGAGGUGGAAAUGCUGGAGUGCGAUGGCCUGAAAAUGGAUACUAACAAAGAGUUCGGGGCGUCCAACGAGAGCAACGAGGAGGGAUCCAAUGGCGAGAAUGGCUCCCCUCAGAAAGGGAGAGGGGCCUCGGGAAAGAGGAAGAAGGCUCCCCCCAAGAAGAGUCCUUUAAAUGGUGUGAGCCAGGAAGGAAAGCAGGUCCAGAGAAAUGCUGCCAACGCCAGGGAGAGGGCAAGGAUGAGGGUCCUUAGCAAAGCCUUCUCCAGGCUUAAGACCACCCUGCCCUGGGUGCCCCCAGACACCAAGCUUUCCAAACUGGACACCUUGAGGCUGGCCUCCAGCUACAUUGCACACCUGAGGCAAAUCCUGGCCAACGACAAGUAUGAAAAUGGCUACAUCCACCCAGUCAACCUGACCUGGCCUUUUAUGGUAGCCGGCAAACCCGAGAGUGACCUGAAAGAAGUGGUGAACACAAACCGCUUGUGCGGCCCGACGGCAUCCUGAACCCCCGGCCCCGCCAGUACCGGCCCCGUGCGGCCGGGGAGGGGGCACGGGUGCGGGCAGGGCCCCGCUUUGCCCCGCUGCUGCCCCGGGCCCGGGCAGGGAGACGGGAGAGCGCUCUGUCGGCACGGCACCGCGGAGACUGAACGCAGAGACUCCACCCCGGGAGAGCCCGACUCUAUUUAACUUUAUUGAGUGCGUGUGCAGUCGAGUGUCCUGCAACAACAGCCUUGCUGGUUCAAGAGCUACUAGAGGAAAGGCAGAGAUCAAACAAAACCUACAACACGUGUAUCUUUUGUCUGAGACCUGUGGAAUAUGUAGAUGCCUAGAAAAAAGACUGACUGACAGUCAUCUCUAUGAACUCAUUUGCCCUAAAGAUAUAUAUAUUUUCUUCAAGCAGGUUUUUGCUCUAUUUCUGUGAAUAAACCUUCCUUUCCAUUGAA